UUUACAAAUGGAUCAAGUCAAACUUGAAGUUAAUGACUUCAGUGAAUUCUUACAGAGUGAAGAUAGGCCAGAAUUUGGUUGGCCUCCCAUCAGCUUUACUGGCAAACAAUAUCGAGCAUUCAAGGAUAAAGGAUAUCCAAACAGCUUAUUUGGCCUUGAUUGUGAAAAAGGACCCAAACUUGAGAAGGUUCCUUGAUUAUACAAAUCUUGUCGGAAGAUUCUCAAGCGUAAAUCAAGAAGAUCCAAGAAGAGAAAACAAAGUGUCUCAUUCAAAAGUACUUUAAGGAUUAAGGACCUCAAGAUUUCUCGUAAAGAUGACCACACAAUUGAGGCUAGAAUCUUGGUAAAACCAGGGAACAAGAAACUAAAGUUUAAAAGACCUGUUUCAGGAAAAGUAAGGGUAUCAUACUCUAUAAUGGACCGUCUGCCCGAGAAGAAAUAAGAAACCAGUAGAGCCACCUGCUCCUCCAAAACCAAGGAGGGAAACCCUUUCUGAUAAAGUACUUAAAGAGCUAAAUAAAAUCUAUUCCUCAAUCCUAGGAAGAUCCAUACAUGAAUUUAAGAAAUCUUUCACCAAAAAUGAGCUGGAAUACCUAAAGAAUAGACAAUUUAAGGUUCUGGAAAAAUAAGGAAGAUGAGGAACCCCAAAAAGUUUUAGAGAAAAGUCCAACCCCAAGCUGAGUUCCUAAUAGAAUUAAUGUGAACCAUGCCAAGUAUAAAUAUAGAAGUUGGAGAAAAAUCCUUAGGGAGAAUAUACAACCAUCAUGUAUGAGUGAGAGCAGGAAAACCCCUCCAAUUCAGUAUCGAUCGUCAGUUAGAUUGAAGUUAAAGAGGAAAGACUCUUUAUAUAAAGGAGUCCCUCUCACUACUCUCUGUUCAGCUAAAAUUAAAACUUCAAUGUCUCAACCAAAAUUUUCACGCCUUUCGAGCCCUUCAAAAGCUGAUUUGAGAGAUUUUAAAAUAUUUCUGAAAAAUAUAGAACAGAAAUAACCAAAGAUAUCAAUGAAAGCAAUACUAUUUUUGUCACUCCUUUCUAAAAUUCUAAUCCAGUUUUCAAUAA